UUCUAAAUAUCACUUGUAUGUGGGCUUUCCAGGAAAUGGAGGAAUGAGUGUGUAGCAAGCGACACAGAGGGAGGGGAAACCGAAAAGGCGUUAACUGAAAGUUCCACACAGGACGUGAGCGAGGUAUUCCAGUUCCAGCAACAACACUUGAAACAAAAAGAUGAGUGACGAAAAUCAACCUCAAGUUGAACUUUUUGUGAAGGCAGGCAGUGAUGGCCAGAGCAUUGGCAACUGUCCGUUCUCCCAGCGCCUCUUCAUGGUGCUGUGGCUUAAAGGAGUAACGUUCAACGUCACCACCGUGGACAUGAAGAGGAAACCAGACAUCCUUAAGGACCUAGCACCUGGUGCUCAGCCCCCCUUCCUGCUCUAUGGGACGGAGGUGAAAACCGACACCAACAAGAUAGAAGAGUUCCUGGAGGAGAACCUGUCCCCUCCAAAAUACCCCCGCAUGGCUUCCAGGAACCCUGAGUCUAACACAGCCGGCCUGGACGUGUUCUCCAAGUUCUCGGCCUACAUCAAGAAUUCAAACCCCCAGCUCAAUGACAACCUAGAGAAAGGCCUGCUCAAGGCCCUGAAGAAGCUAGAUGACUACCUUGGCUCACCACUUCCUGAGGAGAUUGACGAGACUAGUGCUGAUGAGGUCACUUCUUCCGCCCGUCCCUUCCUGGAUGGGCAGGACCUCACUCUGGCCGACUGCAACUUGCUGCCCAAGCUGAACAUCGUCAAGGUUGUGUGUCUGAAGUAUCGCACUUUCUCCGUCCCCAAGUCUCUCUCCAACCUGUGGCGGUACCUGGACGCUGCGUACGCCCGCGAGGAGUUCUCCUCUACCUGCCCCAACGACACAGAGAUACACAUCGCCUACUCAGCCGUGGCUAAAGCACUUAAGUAGGAGGAGAAGGGGAUUCCAUCAGUUUUCACACACCAGUGAAUACAUCUUAUACACUCACCUACGCACACACUGUACAUGUGGCAGCAUACACACACACUAAUGUGCUCACACACACAUGCACUCUCUCAGACACACAUAUUAUUCAACAGCGUAGCAAGUUGGAAACAUUUAAUUGGCCAUUUAAGAGUUUGUGAAACUGAGACUUAUAGUUUAUGGUUCCCUUUUUGUCACACCGCAUCCACUCUUAAUACCGUAUAUUCAGUGGCAGUUACACACAGUUAAAGUUCUAUACACGGGCAGUAGGUUACAUAUGGUAGCAUCCAACUAAAGGUGUUCAGUCACUAUGAUUAAUUCUGCUCUCCAUACAUUGCCAGCUAUUAGCUUCUAUCUCUUGGCCAGGCCGUAAACUGCUCUUCACUGUUGAUAUAUUGUUCAGGGCGAACCGCCUUUAACAUGGUCAGUUUGAAGCAGUCGUUUUAUACGUGCUAAAUGGUCCGAGAUUAGGUUCAGGGAAUAGGAAAGCAGGUCUUGGGCAUGUAAUAGUACAUCGGGGCACACUAUACAGAGGUGUUUCUCAGCACUGUACUGUUACCAACACAGGAAAUGAUUUCAGCAGACCUCGGCUUCCCCUUUCUCCGCCUUGUAGCGCUGUGAAGGGUUAAUCAAGUUUAUAUCCCCCCGUUGUAAGGCUCUUUUGCUAUUAGUAAUCGACCUCCAUUCCCCCAUUCAAAGUGAAGGAUAUUUUUUAUACUAUAAAAAAAACUGUGAGAGGCUCAUAUUGCAGGACAGUUGAGUUAUUCCAGACGAAGUAAUGUGGCUAUAGUUGCUGCUUUGUGUGAACUUUAGGUUAUUAAAGUACUUGACUCUGUAUGGCCUUGAGGCACCAAGCCGGUUCAGUCACAUGUUUCACUGUAAUCUGAGGGAAAACUACAGGAUGUAAUGCAGACGUGCACACGGCUCCUCGCAUGACUAAACCAUAAACGUCACAUUCAUUAAAAAUAGAGAUGCACAUUGCAUAGAUAACUGAAACUGAAAUCUUCAAAUAGAGAAUGCUACAGGAUUGAGUAUUUGUACUUUUUGAUAUGGUUACUUGAACUUGAAAAAAGAGAAGUUUGAACCUUUAGUGAGACAAAUGAAAGGUUUCAGGUCUAUCGAGCUGGGUGUUGUUUAAGUUGUUUAAACACCUUUGAAGUCCUGUGCUUUGUAGUACUGAGCAAUUUGAGCUUAUUUAGGUCAUUCGUUUUCGGUUCUAUUAAUGCAUAAUAAUCACGGUUUUUAAUUUUGGUUUUGAUUAUUUUUGUUAAAUAUGAAAUGCAUUAUGAAAUAAUGACAUGAUUUUAGAGCUUUUUAAUGAAAAUUCCAAAGCCAAAAAUAGUAAACAUUGAAUUUCCAAAACAUUUAAAAUAUUCCAUUUUCUCUGAUCAGGUCCACAUUGGGUAAACGUCAAUAGAAAAAUAGAAAAUUACAAUGAAAUAAUAAAAUGUGUAUAUUACUUAGUUUUUAGUGGAUUACAUUAUUAUUUUUAAUUCCUUAAAGUAAUCAUCUCAUCUCUGCUCAGGCAGUAGCAAUCAGCCAGCCAGGCCAUGUAACAUUACGUCCUCCCCAUACUAUACUGUCUUUAGUCAUCCUAUUUAGCUAGCCUGCCUAAGUAUGCUGCAGAGCUUUCUCACGAAAUCAUUUGACUAGAUCUUCAAAGUAGAUAAGGCAUACUUUCAUUAACUGUCUCUGUCCCUCUCGUCGUUGUGUAUAUUCCUCUCUCGUGUGGUCUAUUCAGUCUGUGUAUCUAACCUAACGUAGCAUGCGUAAAAGUGUAUCCGUCCUGAGAUCAGUAUACAAUGACGAGAUGCUAAUUUCUCCGCCCUAAUAAUGAGAGUCGUCGCAAAUGCGGGAAGGCAAACGAAAAGCGUAAGUCAUUCCAAGCGCAUUGCAUUCGGUUUAUUUUGGAGAGAUUUUUGCGAAAGUGAAACCUCUCGUUUGGCCUCUUCCUCUGAUCUGUUUGAGCUGGGGGGAAAACUGGCACAAUGGAUUGUGAUCAUUGUAAUUAUUUAUGACGUUUCUGCGCUGAACUAUGUUGAAUAUUUGUUAAAUGAAAACAACUCCCUUCAGCCCGGAGUCCCACAUAGUUCUUGACAUCAUUUAUUUUCUGAAUUAUUUGACUAACUAAAUGGAAUUCAAGUAAUUUAACAGACUUUGGUCCAUUAGUUGUUUAAUAACCUGGAAAAAACGAAAUGUCAGUUAAUCGUUCAGCACUAAGGCUUUGUAGUGACUUAAUAAGUCAUCCAUUUUACAUUGACUUGAAAUUCAGUCCCCUGGGAAAGAACUGGACAUAUUUGUUUGGGCUCUAUUUAAUCCAUAGGUCAGCGUUACAGCGUGAUUGAAAUUCAAAGGCAAUGUUACCGCGUUAGUGGAGACUGCAUUCACGGUAAAUGCUGCAUAUGCCGGCUCAGUCAGAAAUUACAUUUGAAUUUCUAUUGCACAAUCUGUAACGAUUCAGUGAUACAGAUUGAAUAGAGCUCUCAGCCUGACUGAUAGACGGUGCAUUCAUGAUAAUGACAUACAUUUACAACAGCUUAGUGAAGACAGAACCUAUAUAUUUUGUAUGUCUUCCAGGGUAAGGUUUUGUAAGACAGUCACUAAGUGCAAUUCACGUUAUUGAAUAGUACAAACAUGAAGAUGUCAUUUGCAAUAUAUUUGGCAUCUGAGUUGGCAUUGUUAUGUCAGCUAUUUUAAACAGUCAUCAAACCGUGGGAUGAAUCUGUAGUUUAAAACCCAUACAUGUCCUCCACAGCUGAUAGAUAAGAAAAAUCUUCAUAAAACCCAUUACUAUUUUACAUGACUGAAUCCUUUAUGUUAUGGAUUUUAUUUGGUUUCUAUGGACCUACUUUUACCCGGUCAAUUGUCUAUAGUCCUGUUGUCAUAACUAUUUGUCAAAAAGAGACCAAGUCUUCAUUUCAAUGUUGCCUGUUGUAUUCUAGUAUUUUCCUUUACUGAAGCUUGUAACAGUUGUUUUUUUAAACUUCCUUUUACUGUAAGAUUAGUGAUGACUUCAGGGACUUUUUACAUUCGUCUUUAAUUAUUAUUUAAUGUAUUAUCCACCUUUACGUCUCCAUUUCAUACAUAUCUAUUUUCCAUCUUUAACCCCUCCUCAAACCCAUCCUCUUUUUUAAAGACCCAUCUUCAUUUUUGUUUUUAUUUUCUUCCUAACUUUUGAUGCAUCCACGUAUUUUAGCCCUUUACUUCACCUUCAAUUUUAUUCGAAGGCAAUAGCACUUAACCUAGAUAAUGUUGUGUACAUUGAGUCAAUGACAAUCAAACUUAGUAUUUCUUUUGUAGGUUUUAAUCAUCCUGAAAAGACGGUCAAAAUAAAACCACAAUAGGUUACUGUUUCUUUA